GGGACCUGCCUCGUUGAGCCGCGACGGGAGCGCUGCCAGCAGCAGAGGGGAAAGCAACAGCUUCGCUGCCUUCACCAGGACACAGGAGGAAGCGGAACGGAACCUGCCCGGAACCCUCGUGGCUGGCUACACUUCCUGUAGCGGCGGUCCUCCCUCCGACUUCCGCUUCCGGGUGACGGCUGCGUUCUGAAGGAGGGUCACACAGCGGACAGGUACCCAGGGCCCGCCGGUAUGGGGCAUGGAAAUGAACAUGGCCAUGGCCAUGGCCAUGGCCACAGCAAAAUUGAACUCCCUGACUACAGGCAAUGGAAGAUAGAGGGUACUCCACUAGAGAAGGUCCAGGAACAGCUAGCUAAGCGGGGUCUUAGGGAUCCAUGGGCUCGUAAUGAAGCCUGGAGAUACAUGGGUGGCUUUGCAAAACCUGUCACCUUAACAGAAGUCUUUACUAGGGGACUUAAGUGGGGAUUUGCAGCCUUCGUCAUCGCUCUUGGUAUUGAAUAUACUCUGUUUCCUCCAAAGAAGAAUGGGGGCCAUCACUGAAGAUCAAGUAUGACAACUUAAUUAGUUGAAACAUGUAUAAGCAUGCGUCUCACUCUGUACUUAUGCAUAUUAAAGACUAUCACAGCCAAAAA